GUGGUUUGUUGGACGUGUCAAAUUAUUUUCUUGAUGUGUUCAGUAACAGUCAGCAAGUGGUAAUCUUUCGGAUUCGUACAGUGUUCUGCUAAUUAAGCUUCUGUUCACUGCAACGGUAGCAUAUCUAUGGAACUAUCGAUGUAGAGCAGUUUCCGGUUAAAAAAGAAUUUGUGACUGAGAAAAAAUGGGUGGACAGAAGUUCCAGUACGAUGAAAGCGGUGCAACGUUUUUCUAUUUCAUCCUCUCGUUUCUGGCACUGAUACUAAUCCCGGCUACAUUUUAUUUCUGGCCCCGCAAGAAAAAAGAAGAUCCUGAGCGUUUCAAAGCGGAAUGUCAGUGCGAAUCAUGCAUACAAAAACGUAUACUAAUCUCACAUUCCGACCCGUACAAGGGUGUGAAAGCGUUCAUCACCAAAGUAGCCAUUAUUGGAGGCUGGGCACUGCUCGCAUUUCUCACAUACAAAGUGUCCCAGUUUGAUUAUGAAAUGUCCAACUUCGAUCCAUACGAAAUUUUGGGUGUGCCGCUUGGCUCCUCCCAAAAGGAUAUUAAGAAAGCUUACCGCACCCUGUCAGUAAUACUGCAUCCAGAUAAGGAAACCGGUGACGAGAAGGCAUUUAUGAAGCUUACCAAAGCCUAUCAGGCUCUGACGGAUGAAGAAGCGCGAAAGAAUUGGGAGAAAUACGGCAAUCCGGACGGUCCUGGGGCGACAUCGUUCGGUAUCGCGCUACCCUCGUGGAUCGUCGAAAAGGAGAAUUCCGUUUGGGUGCUCGGAUUGUACGCGCUGGUAUUCAUGGUAGCACUGCCAACCGUUGUCGGUACCUGGUGGUACCGAUCGAUUCGUUACAGUGGCGAUAAGGUACUGCUCGAUACAACCCAGAUGUACUUCUACUUCUUCCACAAAACGCCGCAUAUGGCACUGAAACGCGUGGUGAUGAUUCUGGCCGCUAGUUUGGAAUUUGACAAACGGCACAACACACAAGUCGUCGAACGUCAAUCGGAUAACGAGGAGGUUCCAAUGCUCAUUAAACAGUUACCAAACUUGAACGAAAAAUGUAAAGAACUUCCCCUCUGCCGAAUGUAUUCAAUUAAAGCUCGUGCUAUCCUGCAUGCCCAUCUUAGUCGUAUGCCACUGAAUCCAAACACUCUUGAUAAGGACCGUCAGUUUAUUGUUAAAAAAUGUCCCCACCUAAUUCAGGAAAUGGUCAGCUGUGUCAAUCAAUUAAUCAUGCUUGCGUACGCGAGGAGAAUCUCCAAACUACCGACUAUAGAAACAAUAGAAAACUGCAUGAAGCUAUCACCGAUGAUUAUCCAGGGGCUGUGGGAAUUCAAAAACCCACUGUUACAACUUCCUCAUGUAACCGAUGAUCAUUUGCGAUACUUUGUUUCUAAGAAACGUCCUAUCCGGAAUUUACAACAAUUUGCUCAACUACCUCCAGAAGAAAGUCGAGCCGUGCUGCGUAGUUUAAGUGAUUUCGAGUACGAGAAUGUAGUGAAAGUGCUGGGCAAAAUGCCUCUGAUUGAUUUCAGUGUCAAGUGCGAGGUCGUUGACGACGAAAACUCCAACGUUGUGACAGCGGGAGCAAUUGUGACCGUUACGGUGGAGUUGGUGAGGCGUAGCAUGAGUGAAUUGUUCGGCGAUGCUUCCGCCAAGGAGAAGCAGGGCAUUACUGAGGAAAACGAAGAGGGUGCUGAAGGAGCCGAGGAUGGUGCCGAAGGAGCAACGGUCAAGGAGGAAAAUGCCAAAACCAAAAAGCUCGUUUGGCAACCGAAACCCAGCAAAGGAGGUCACAAGAGUAAAAGUAAAGGUGGCGCCAACAAAUCCAAGCAACAGCGACAGGCUGCCGCGGCGGCUGCAGCCGCACAAGCUCAGAAUCAAGCCACCAAAUCCGAUAAGACUAAAACAAAUGAAAAAGCUCGUAAGGAUGAUUCGGACGCUGACAGCGGUGCAGAAAGUGACAACGACGGCAGUACAGAUGAAGAUAAGAAAUCAUCCAUGGAAGAUGAUGACGUUGAAUGGGAGAAAUUCCAACAAAAGAUUAACAAACGCGAGAAGCUUGAAGGCAAAUCAAAAGUGUCCCAUCCGGUGCACUGUCCACUGUUUCCCGAGGAAAAGUUCGAAUACUGGUGGACCUACAUUUGCGAUCGGAAGUCCCGAACACUGCUGACGGCGCCCUAUCAGGUGACCAGUCUGGUGCAGCAUGAGGAAGUGCAUCUCAAGUUCACAGCACCCAAAUGGCCUGGCGUGUACAAUUUCACCGUAUGCUUACGGUCCGAUUCUUACCUAGGAAUGGACCAACAAGUGGACCUGAAAUUGGACGUCAAGGAGGCAGCUGCUAUACCCACCGAGCACCCACAGUGGGACGUAAGCGAGUCUGAAUCGGACGCUAACGAGCAACAGGCAAAUGAGAGCGAAUUCACCACGGACUCUUCCGAUGCGGAAAAUGACGACAACUAAAGAUGCAACAUAUUUUUUUCCUUCUUCGUACGUGUGGUAUAUGCUGCUGGUGGAUGUGAGAGUAUAAGAGUUUUUGAUUUGUUUUUCGGGUCUUUAGAACCGAACUAUGUUACGGUAGAUGUGACUGAUAGCUAACAAAACAGGACAAGAGACACAAUUUUUCUAUUCAAACUUCUUCAAUUACACGAACGGCAACGUAUACAGAGACUAUUGUGAAACGUAUGAACGUUUAGAGAAAAAAAAACAGUUGAAAGAAAACCUAAUUUAAAGAAAGGUAGUUAUUUAGUGUACAAUUUUCACAAGUUCACACAUACACAAUCACAGAAAGAAUUCUAUAAACCAUAGUAAAUGAAAAGAAA